AUGGUGCGGCUGCUGACGAAUCGGCCGAGUGCCGUCCGGCAGGCAGGCAGGCACCAAUCCCAAUACCCAGGUCGGAGUCGACGCAAAGAUGACCCUCUCAGUAGCGCCAGCGACUCGGAGAUGAACGCGUCCAGGAAAUCCAACCAUGUUUCCAGCAAGGACAGUGCAGAAACCGCGAGGGAUAUCAUCACCACGUCCGGCCAAAUCCAACCCCUCAAAAUCCCGGACGCUGUUGCUGCGCUUGCGCAGGCUGCUGCAAAGGCAAAUGGUGAGACUGAGAAAUAUCUUCCAGGGUGGCCAUUGUUCUCACCUCCUAAGGUGCAGUUGGACAAGUGUACCAAGUGUUCAAGAGAAUUCUGUUCCACAAUCAACUUCCGGAGGCAUACACGUGUUCAUCGUAGAACGCUCAAGAUAGAUAGGGAUUUUCCCAAGAAUAGAGACCUUCUCGCUGCAUUCUGGAAUAAACUGACUGUGGAUGAUGCCAGUAUAAUUUUGUCCUUGACAGGGGUUGUUGUAGAGGGUGUAACUGGUUCAUCAAUUUUAACAGCACUAUCAUCAUGGAUGUGUAAACCAGGGUAUGCUUCGUUGCCAAUGGCAUAUGCCAGAGCUGGCAGUGAGCUUCUGGAUCUGAUUCAAACAAAGGCUUCAAUGCAUCUGCCUGUGUCAUCGGAUGAACUAUUUAGCUUGCUUGAUGAAGCAAGUGAGAAAACAUUUCUUUGCACAAAUACAGCUGCUUGUAUACAGAAGUUUUUAUUUGACGGAGAGGUAGACAAAAUUGCAACUGAGUUGAAAAAUGUUGUUUCGUGCGUUAGUUACAUGCUUGAACAAAAGCUGGUUGAAGCAUGGUGUGCUGAUAAGACUGCUGAAGCAUUAAGAUGCCAGAAGUUGCUGGAGGAGGAAGAGGAAGCUGCUCAGAAAAGGCAAGCCGAACUGAUGGAAAGGAAGCGGAUGAAGAAACUUAGGCAGAAAGAACAGAGGUUAAAAAACCUCAAGGAUGAGGAUGUGACAGUUCAGUCACCUGAAAUCAUGGAUGAUGCGACAUGUUCUACUGCCAUUCAAAGUGUCAAGUCCAUUUCUGAUCCUGACCGUUUUGAGCAAGAAGAAUCACAGUAUCUUCAAUUUCCAGCACCAAUUACUUCAGAAACUGACAAUGGUUUUAAUGUGGACCUAUCGGUAGAAGAUAUCAGUUGUGAUUUGGGGCCUGAAAUGGAUAAAGGUGUUGUAUUAAGGCAACACGUUUCAAGGCAUCGUUUAGGCAGAACAGAGAGGCUUGCUGAAAAUAGCAUUGUACCUGGUCCUGUAGUUACUUCAAAGCAUCCAGCUUUUGUGAGGCCUUCAAAUUACAAGGAUCCAAAUGUCUGUUCUGCACCAAGUAGAAACAAAACUUGCGCAUUGAAAUUGCAAUCUGGGAUUGAAGAACAGUGCCAAAAACAUGAGUUAGACAUAGAUGAACAUGGCAUGGGUCCUAGCAAAAACUCUCGUGUGCUAAUAGGAUCUAUAAGUGUUGCAAUUGAAGAUGGUAGUGAACACUUGCAGGACUUCCGUUCCAAGAAUGACCCAGUCCCUCCCAGUUCAAUGACAGUGAAACAUGCACCAGUCAAGGUGAUGCAACCUGUUACCCAUGAGGGUAACAGAAAUGAAGGCAUUUCUCAUAGUGAUAGUAAUAGUACGCCAGCAGCUGAGAACCGUUCUCACUCCAGUGUUACUACAGAUGAAAUCAGUUAUUCAACCUACUGCAGUGCAGAUUUGGUAGUGGAUGAACAUUUACAACGCACCAUGUUUUCCAGUAAAGAAGCGACAGCCUUUCUUUCUCAAAGUAAACAUCUUGCUGCUGUUAUAUUUGAACAUCCUUGA